AAGAGAAGAGGGCAAGAAGAAAUAUGAAGACAUGAGGAAACAGAAACUGAAGAAGGGAUCCAGCAGAGAGGCACAGGUAACAGAGGUGUCAUUACUCAAAACUGAGCCGGUGUGUCAGGUGUCAUUUACUCUCUACACAUAUUACAUUCUAGUCAUUUAGCAGAAGCUCUCAUCCAGAGCGACUUUCAGUAGUUAGUGCGUACAUUUUCGUACGGGUCCUUGUUGAGGUCAGUUGGAGCUCUGGGAUUAUAGAGUGUUGAUGACAUUAAUGAUGACGUCUUUCAGUCAAAUACAUAUAAAUGACUAGCAGUGCAUUUUUUCUUGAAACAACAGGGGGUUGAGGUGAAAGUCUGAGACUUAGAUGAGUCUUAGAUCUUAAGAUUUGUGUUGUUAAUGACCCAGAUCUCCCAAUGACCUUUAACCUGAUUGUCCUGUAGACAAUGGCGCUGCUGGACCGAUUCAAGUCAAAGCUAUCUUCAGCCAUCACUGAGGCCCCUGAGGAGGCCCCUGAGGAGCUGGCAGAGGACAGCGACAAAGGAUGGUACGUUAUGGUUAGGGUUGUGGCGGUCAUGACAUUUUGUCAGCCGGUGAUUGUCAUGCAAAUGACUGCCGGUCUCACGGUAAUUGACCGUUCAUUAACAUAAACACGUUUAGGUUCUCCGGGCUUCCACGCAUAGCCUACAAGCCACUAAUGCGGACCUUUUGGAAUAUCUACAUUUAAAAAAGUCUAAUUAAUCAAUUUAAUAUAGCCUACACCAUCACAAUAAAUCCAUUAUUUAUUUUAGGCAGGUCUAAAGAAACAUGAUAUAAAGAAAAUGUAGCCUAUUUCAGAAGAACAGAAUAGCAUAUUCUGAGUCGUCCUUAUGUUAGGCACUGAUCUGGCUAUGCCAAAUGGCUGUGGGCUAUACUAGUUAAUUUAGCAGACAAGAUUUGCUUAUAAUUUCCGUGGGAUAAUUGUAUAUUAUUUUAUGGUAAGAAGAAUACAAUUGAACAUAGCUGAAUAAAAUAGAAAGGAUAUUUUUCCCAAACGAUUUCCGACGGAGUUUGCACAUGCAGCUAUUCUGUGUUGAGCGGUUAACAAAGAAACAGGUCCUCCUAUAUGCUUAAUUUAGAGUUAUUUAUGCAACUUUAGUUGUGAUACAAACGUUGGGCUAUAUGUUUAGAUUUUUAAUACAUUCUAAGGCUGCAUACAGUUACCUCUGCUGCAGAGGAUCAGUUCAUUAGAGUUACCAGCCUCAGAACUUGCAGCCAAAAUAAAUGCUUCACAGAGUUCAAUUAACAGACACAUCUCAACCUCAACUGUUCAGAGGAGACUGCGUGAAUCAGGACUUCAUGGUCGAAUUGCUGCAAAGAAACCACUACUAAAGGACAGCAAUAAGAAGAAGAGACUUGCUUGGGCCAAGAAACAUGAGCAAUGGACGUUAGACCAGUGGAAAUCUGUCCUUUGGUCUGAUGAGUCCAAAUGUGAGAUUUUUGGUUCCAAACGCUGUGUCUUUGUGUGAGACACAGAGUAGGUGAAUGGAUGAUCUCCGCAUGUGUGGUUCCCACCGUGAAGCAUGGAGGAGGAGGUGUGAUGGUGUGGGGGUGCUUUGCUGGUGACACUGUCAGUGAUUUAUUUAGAAUUCAAGGCACACUUAACCAGCAUGGCUACCACAGCAUUCUGCAGCGAUACGCCAUCCCAUCUGGUUUGUGCUUAGUGGGACUAUCCUUUGUUUUUCAACAGGACAAUGACCCAAAACACACCUCCAGGCUGUGUAAGGUCUAUUUGACCAAGAAGGGAGUGAUGGAGUGCUGCAUCAGAUGACCUGGCCUCCACAAUCACCCGACCUCAACCCAAUUGAGAUGGUUUGGGAUGAAUUGGACCACAGAGUGAAGGAAAAGCAGCCAACAAGUGCUCAGCAUAUGUGGGAACUCCUUCAAGACUGUUGGAAAAGCAUUCCAGGUGAAGCUGGUUGAGAGAAUGCCAAGAGUGUGUAAAGCUGUCAUCAAGGCAAAGGGUGGCUGUUUUGAAGAAUCUCAAAUAUAUAAUAUAUUUUGAUUUGUUUAACACUUUUUUGGUUACUACAUGAUUCCAUAUGUGUUAUUUCAUAGAUUUGCUGUCUUCACUAUUAUUCUACAAUGUAGAAAAUAGUAAAAAUAAAGAAAAACCCUUGAAUCAGAAGGUGUGUCCAAACUUUUGACUGGUACUGUAUGUGUGGAAUUAUUUUUGAUUUAGAAUGGCCCACAAAAGAAAAACAUGUCAUCCGUAGCCUGCACUCAAAUAGCGAAUGGAGGUUUACGUGCGGUUAAAUUUUUUAUAUGCCAGAUAGGCCGAUUCAUGUGCUUAAUUUUAAGAUUUGAGCAAUAAAUAUAGCAGCAUGAGAAAGCUUGGAUCCUCUUUUAAGUAGUGUCCCGUCAAAACUCGGUUUUCACAAUGACUGGGCUUAUAAGAACACGUUUCACUAGGCUCUGUAGCUCUCCAACCAUGUUGCAGGCUUCCUAGGCCUAUAGACUACGCUUGGAGUUAUUUAGCCACUUUAGUUAUGAUACAAAACAUAUCAAAACAUAUAGGUCUAUGGGCUAGGCUACAUGAUGCAUGCGACUAUGAAAGGUAUGCACUGUUUCUUGCCUUAUAUUCCACACGAUGGGCAUCAUUCACAAGUGAUAAUAGUCUCACCCAUCAGACUAUUCUCAAUUUAAUCUUGUCUUUACAUAUACUAAAUAAUAUAUGUGUGUAAUUAGUUUUGAUUUAGAAUGGGCCAUUAUCAUGCACCUGUCGGAACAGAGGCAGGGGAAAAAAAGACAUGUCACCCGUAUGCACUUGAAUAGUGAAUGGAGGAUGCUUUUCCCGCAAUUCAUUUUCAUGCCAGUAGGCUACUCCGGUUGUAAACUGAAGCAAUGUGCUUAAUAUAAGGAAAGUUCAGAAAUAAAUAUAGUAGGCCUAGCCUAUAGAAAGCUGAUGGGAUCCUCCUCUUUUUUAAUAGAGGCCAUAAAAACUCUGUUUUCUCAUGCAAUUGCAUAGCAUAGCCUAUAGAAAUGUUGCUCAACAUGGGCUUAUGUGCUCUCAUGAUUUGAUACAGCAUUUGCAUUGAUGUCAGAGUGAUUAGAGGGACAAUAGAGCGCUGAGUAGCAGGCCAUUAGCGACUGGCUGUUAGCAAGUUUGGAAGGCUACUAAUGACCAUCGGCGGCAUCGGAAUUCAGUUUUGGAGAAGCCUUGUUACCGUGACUCAGCGGUCAUGUGGAAUUUGACUGCAGUCAUUUUUUUUUACAUUUUAGUCAUUUAGCAGACGCUCUUAUCCAGAGCGACUUACAGUUAGUGAGUGCAUAAAUGUUUUCAUACUGGCCCCCCGUGGGAAACGAACCCACAACCCUGGCGUUGCAAGCGCCAUGCUCUACCAACUGAGCUACAGGGGACAGUCAUGACUCGUGACUGCCAGUGUGGCGGUAAUACGUUCACCGUAACAGCCCUAGUUAUGGUUUCUUUUUUUAUUUAACCUUUAUUUAUCCUGGUUUGUCUCAUUGAGAUGAAAUAUACACUGCUCAAAAAAAUAAAGGGAACACUUAAACAACACAAUGUAACUCCAAGUCAAUCACACUUCUGUGAAAUCAAACUGUCCACUUAGGAAGCAACACUGAUUGACAAUACAUUUCACAUGCUGUUGUGCAAAUGGAAUAGACAACAGGUGGAAAUUAUAGGCAAUUAGCAAGACACCCCCCAAUAAAGGACUGGUUUUGCAGGUGGUGACCACAGACCACUUCUCAGUUCCUAUGCUUCCUGGCUGAUGUUUUGGUCACUUUUGAAUGCUGGCGGUGCUUUCACUCUAGUGGUAGCAUGAGACGGAGUCUACAACCCACACAAGUGGCUCAGGUAGUGCAGCUCAUCCAGGAUGGCACAUCAAUGCGAGCUGUGGCAAGACGGUUUGCUGUGUCUGUCAGCGUAGUGUCCAGAGCAUGGAGGCGCUACCAGGAGACAGGCCAGUACAUCAGGAGACGUGGAGGAGGCCGUAGGAGGGCAACAACCCAGCAGCAGGACUGCAACCUCCGCCUUUGUGCAAGGAGGAGCAGGAGGAGCACUGCCAGAGCCCUGCAAAAUGACCUCCAGCAGGCCACAAAUGUGCAUGUGUCUGCUCAAACGGUCAGAAACAGACUCCAUGAGGGUGGUAUGAGGGCGUUUGGCAUUUGCCAGAGAACACCAAGAUUGGCAAAUUCGCCACUGGCGCCCUGUGCUCUUCACAGAUGAAAGCAGGUUCACACUGAGCACAUGUGACAGACGUGACAGAGUCUGGAGACGCCAUGGAGAACGUUCUGCUGCCUGCAACAUCCUCCAGCAUGACCGGUUUGGCGGUGGGUCAGUCAUGGUGUGGGGUGGCAUUUCUUUGGGGGGCCGCACAGCCCUCCAUGUGCUCGCCAGAGGUAGCCUGACUGCCAUUAGGUACCGAGAUGAGAUCCUCAGACCCCUUGUGAGACCAUAUGCUGGUGCGGUUGGCCCUGGGUUCCUCCUAAUGCAUGACAAUGCUAGACCUCAUGUGGCUGGAGUGUGUCAGCAGUUCCUGCAGGAGGAAGGCAUUGAUGCUAUGGACUGGCCCGCCCGUUCCCCAGACCUGAAUCCAAUUGAGCACAUCUGGGACAUCAUGUCUCGCUCCAUCCACAAACGCCACGUUGCACCACAGACUGUCCAGGAGUUGGCGGAUGCCUUAGUCCAGGUCUGGGAGGAGAUCCCUCAGGAGACCAUCCUCCACCUCAUCAGGAGCAUGCCCAGGCGUUGUAGGGAGGUCAUACAGCCACGUGGAGGCCACACACACUACUGAGCCUCAUUUUGACUUGUUUUAAGGACAUUACAUCAAAGUUGGAUCAGCCUGUAGUGUGGUUUUCCACUUUAAUUUUGAGGGUGACUCCAAAUCCAGACCUCCAUGGGUUGAUAAAUUUGAUUUCCAUUGAUAAUUUUUGUGUGAUUUUGUUGUCAGCACAUUCAACUAUGUAAAGAAAAAAGUAUUUAAUAAGAUUAUUUCAUUCAUUCAGAUCUAGGAUGUUUUAUUUUAGUGUUCCCUUAAUUUUUUUGAGCAGUGUAUUUUGCAAGAGAGACCUACAUACAUUUUUGGAGUUCCAGCAGACGUAUAAAGAGUGACUUACAAUUAGGGCUGACCCCAUUUAGUCGACUGGUCGAUUGUUUGGUCGAUAGGCUGUUGGUCGACCAAGAUUUCUUUAGUCGAGCAGUCGCAAUUUUGGUGUACAAGACACCUGUCUGAUUUGCGCCUGUCUCAGUGGACUAAUCCAUUGCGGAGGCUACGGGGAUGGCACAGUCCAUCACUCUAAGACGUGAUACUGAAAUUGUAUAUGGUUAUAUUAUGUAAAAAGAAUGGUGCAACACUAAUAAAUCUAUUAUUAUUUUAUAAAAAAUGCGCUUUCUCCCGUGUUGGACACGGUCGCUGUCCGCGGUUCUGAAACGUAAUCUUCAGUGUGCUGUAGAAUUGGCACCUUUUCCUAUGUUGCUAUGUGCAUAAUAGCAAAGUUAACCAGCAUAUUGGGAUUGAGAACAAUGGGGCGGAGGCAGCAGACGAGGAAACAGCCCUUGGCUUAGCCUUAGUCUUUGCUAUGCUGUAAUAAAGACUUUACAAAAGCUUUUCGUUAGAACAGACUGGUAUUACUUAUAAUGUAUUUAGUGUUGUUUACAGUGUUCCAAACAGGCAGAAAAAAUAAUAUUGUAAUCUAACAGCACCUGUCACGCAUAAUAAUAUGCAUGCAGCUCCUACUACUAUACCCUCCUUUUUCUAGAUCUCCUUCUUAUUGUUAUUAUUACAAUUAGUAGGCUUAGUAUAGUAGCCUUGUAUAACCACCAUCGAGCUGUAGGCCUAAGAGCGCGUCCUGUUUAGUCUUAAUACCGUAACUUACUUAGGCCUAUAUUUCAAUAUAUAGGCUACUGUAUCAAUCAAUGAAUCAUUCAUUCGUUCAUGCCAUCACACAGCAUACGAGACAUUCAUGCUUUGAAAUGCAAUCAAGCGUUUUAGUUUUGAAAUGUAAUAACGAAGGGAGCUUUGAAUAAUUAGCCUAAACAAUAAAUAAACCGCAAUUCACAAAUGCAUGCAACUGUUUUUAGUCUGUAAUAAAGGCUUUAUAUAUCUUUUCUUUUUUGUUAGAACAGACUCUGUGGUACACUUAUUUAGUGUUGUUUACACUGUUCCAAAUGGUCAGAAAAAGUAAUAAUAUUGUAAUCUAACAGCAACUGUUUGGCACACAUAAUACUCACACAAUGCUCGCUCCUACACCCUCCUUUUUCUUGAUCUCCAGUAGUUUCCACAACUAAGUCAAACGUCUUCCACAGAUCUGACUUCCCCUUUCCCUCCUGAGCCACAAGUAAACAGUCGGCCGUUCGUUUCAAAUUUCUUUUUCACCUCCUCCGCAUCCAUUUUGCUGUCACGCGUUACUGUGUUCGGAAUUUGUUCUAACCAAUUUAUUGAUGUGGUUAUGAAAGGCUAUAGGUCAGGCCCUAUUGGUCACAUGCAUGCGAUGCUUACAUAUUUCACGUAAAGAGAGCAAGGGUGGAGGGAAUAGGGAAUGUUUUUCCUAAACAAAUGAGGGAUUUCAGUCAGAAACAAGUAAGAAACUAAAUGGCUGAAAUGAUGUUGCAGUUCAGCACGGACAGCGCAAUAAACACUUGAUAUGCUGUGGUGCCUUUUCGCUGCAGUAGGGAGGAGAGCGAGACAACGUGCCCCAGUCACACAGGCACUCGCUGUCAUUUUUUUUAACACAGUGUGACCAUCAGCCUCUUUCUUGAGUCAUUUGUGUGUCUUCAUUAUUGAAUCAAACAGUGGGCUUAAAGCAUCAGACAAGCUCCGUGCAUAUGUAGUUGAUUUUAUUCAAACACAUAUGGUGUGUCUGUCAGGACGACUCUCAGUCAACCAAUAACCUUUUUAUGUCGGGGACAGCCUUACUUGCAAUAAGUCCUAAGAAAUGUGUCCCACUGGGCACAGAAGUCAGUUCAACAUCUAGUUUUGAUUUACAUUUGGUUGAGUUGUCAAGUAACGUGAAUUCAACUUGAAAUCAACAAAACAUUUAACCAUGUCAUUGGAUUUAGGUUAAAAGUUGGGUAUAAAAAGACGAAAUGCCCUUACGUUGAUGACUUUUUGCAAAUCCAACCAGUUUUCCACAUUGAUUCAAUGUCAUGACAUUGAUGGAAUAGGGUGCAAUUUAGGACGUAACCUAGUAUUACCAGUUCUAGUGGGCAAGACAGAGCAGCCCAUCCACCAUCCAUCCGCCCCCCCAUCCUGUAACAGAUAUGUUAUGUCUGUUAAUGGCCAGUCAUAACACAGGCCUGAGGAGCUGCUCCUUAACGACUUGACACACUGCUGAACUUUAUACAGUGAAUCAACACACUCUGACUGCUCUAGAUUAGAUAGAUGUAGCUAUGGCCUGGGUGCCAGCCUUAGGUUUUAGUUUCAGUACUCUCAGAGAAACACAGACUGCCAGCCAGGUGAAAAGAUUGUUCUAACAUGGGCAUGUUUAUUUCUCUCUUACUUUGACAUUUUUAGUUUUGUCUUUGUAGGCUUGACUCAUAGUAUGUGUGUGUGUGUGCGCAUGUGCGUGCGAUUACCUGUGUGUGUCUUCAUGAUUACAGGUGUGUGAGUAUUAAGCUGUGUUGUAAAGGCCAUUCCCGACCCUCAGCACCUCUACAGGAACAGUGGAUGACAAAGGAGCGGGUGGAAUAAUGCCACCUUCUCUUACCACCUAGGCUUAUACCAGGACUGAAGGGUUUGUCAUCCCUAAUGUGUGUUUUAUACAAGACAACAUUGGGUUACCACUGUGUAAGAAACUCACACAUUAGAAAGUAUAGGGAUGUUUCUGUAAGGUUUUAGUGUGUGCAGGCUGAAGCUAUAGAAUAUGAUGAACACUACAGUUAGGAGGACACUGUUCAGUACUGUAGUCUGUUGGCUCGCACCGCUCCUUCUGUCAGACAAAUCAGAUGCAUAUGGAAUUCAAUUUUUUUCGCCCCCAGCCAGUCACAUUUAUGACCUAUUUCGGUUCUAUUUUUCAAUUUGAUGAACUCCUCAGAUGGAUUGUGUUUUGACGUUUCUUCUCUCUGCUGUUGAUGUGUUUUCAACGUCCUGCUGUGUCCUGACCAGAACAGAGAGCCACACUGCAGUACUGACGACUCACUGAGAGCGAGACGCAGAGACAGGGAGGGAGGGAGGGAGGGAGGGAGAGGGAGAGAGAGAGGGAGCUCCAGCCUACAGGAAACAAGCUAGCUAAGACAUUGCCCUGUGGAGCGGCUGCUGCUGGGAGUUAAAACACGGCCGUGUGUCUGUGUAUUGGCACCUGAAGUUGUGCUUCAGAUACUUCAGAUACUUAUAGAUACUUAUAGAUACUUAUAGAUACUUCAGAUACUUAUAGAUACUUCAGAUACUUAUAGAUACUUCAGAUAUACCAAUUUAUUGAAGGCAAUGAAGACAGCAGUGUGUAUGUGUGUGUGUUUGCAUAGCCUGGUCUCUCUGCCGUCUCCCUCAGUGGGCAGACAGAGCCACCGUCAGGAAAUCAGCUUUUACAUUGUGUUUUCCUCUCCCAUUCUGUUUUUCACCAACAGACCUCUAACUGAGCCUCUCUCUCAGACCUCAACAUAUAGAAAGCGAAAGAGAGUCAGAGAGGGCUGAAAUGAAUCCCAUGUGUUUGAACUUCGAGGAAAGUGUCUGUGUGAGAGAUUUAGAAUAACAAAACCUGUAGUUGCUAUUAGUCUCAGCCAGCCAGGCCCCCAGCUCAGUCUCACUGUUUGGCCCCCGCCAGCCAUCCAGCUAGGUAUGAGACAGGAGGAGGGGGGAGGACAGGGGCACAGUAGCCUAGCAGUCCCAGGCUGUGUCCCAAAUGGCACCCAGGGUCCCAAAUGGCACCCAGGGCUCUGGUCAGAAGUAGUGCACUAUAUAGGGAAUAGGGUGUAAUUUGGGCCGCAGACCUAAUCUAGCUCAAUACGCCAGCCACGCAGUAGCAUAGGAUGUCUGUGCCACUCUGAGAGCCCUGGUACAGGAACUAUUGGGUUACUACAGGUCAGACUCCCCAAGUCAAGUCUGGGCCAGGGGACUGUAAACUAUUCCGUCUGGGUCUACAAACUCUAUACUUUCUAGAUCGCUCUGCUAACACACACACACACACACAGAGAGAGGCUCGCAGACACAUUUACACACACACACGCUCUCAAUCUAAGAAGCCAGCCAUAGAGCCCCUGUCGUCCCACCCUCACCCCUCCCUCUUUCCUCCCUCUUUUCAAAAAGCGAAAGAAAAACAAAUAGAGUCCUGAGGCUUCUGGGUAGAGAGUGGGUUUGAUAAGCAGACUGGAGCGCUGAAUGGUGGGAGCCCAGAGCCUGACACACACACACACACACAUAUACAGUGCCUUCAGAAAGUCUUCACACCCCUUGACUUUUUCCACAUUUUCUUGUUUCUGUAACUAGGCCAUUCAGGAACAUUCAAUGAAAUCUUGGUAAGCAACUCCCGUGUAUAUUUGGCCUUGUGUUUUAGGUAAUUGUCCUGCUGAAAGGUGAAUUUGUCUCCCAGUGCCUAUUGGACAGCAGACUGAACCAGGUUUUCCUGUAGGAUUUUGCCUGUCCUUAGCUCUAUUCCAUUUAUUUUUAUCCUAAAAAACUCCCUAGUCUUUGCCGAUGACAAGCAUACCCAUAACGUGAUGCAGCCAACACCAUGCUUGAAAAUAUGUUGAGUGGUACUGAGUGAUGUGUUGGAUUUGCCCCAAACAUAACGCUUUGUAUUCAGAUUUGAAUCUGUGUUUGAAAUUCACUGCUCAACUGAGGGACCUUACAGAUAAUUGUAUGUGUGGGGUACAGAUAUGAGGUAGUCAAAAAUCAUGUUAAAAACUAUUAUUGUACUCCGAGUGAGUCCAUGCAACUUAUUAUGUGACUUGUUAAGCACAUUUUUACUCCUGAACUUGCCAUAACAAAGGGGUUGAAUACUUAUUGACUCAAGACAUUUGAGCUUUUCAUUUUUUAUUAAUUUGUAAACAUUUCGAAAAACAUCAUUACACUUUGACAUUAUGGGGUAUUGUGUGUAGAUUAGUGACAAAAUCUCAAUUUAAUCCAUUUUAAAUUCAGGCUGUAACACAACAAAAUGUGGAAAAAGUCAAGGGGUAUGAAUACUUUCUGAAGGCACUGUGUGUAUACACAUACACACACACACACAUACACACAUUGUUCUGUAGUCUGGGCGAUGAGACUGUGUUCCUGUCAUCACUGAGGCUGCUAGACAAAUUAUGGUAGCGGUCUGCCUCGCACUGCAGGACUCCUCAGUCUGCCAGAGUAGAGCCACCAUGACAUCCUGGAUGAGCUGUCACUACUACUGCCCAGUUCACAUGAACACAGGAGGGGGUACUGCAGAGCACACACACAUGCUUUACCUAUGCACUCAGGCAGACUAAAAAGGCAGACAAACACAUUGGGCUGCACGAUCCCAAUCCCACACACAUCAAGCCCCGCCCCCUGUCACUCAAGCAGGCAGUUCCUUGUGCUCGGAAUUCACUCUGCAUCCAUUGACCAAACAACAGCAUGCAGUCUACAGAUUUUUCAAAACAAGAACUACAGUAGGCAGCUUUCCACUUUGCUUCUUAAUAUAAAUCCACAUUUCUAUAUUAUACUAUUCAUUUGUGUAACUUGCUCUCUGCAAAAUGCUAUUUAGUUGGUCUUAGCAAGCUACAAUUGUGGUAAAAAAAAAUUGUGUUAGCCCCUAAUGCUAAUUGUUAGCUAGCUGGCUAGCUAAAUCCAGUGAGAUACGGCAAAUCUUGCUAUCAAACUUUUUGCUCUAAUACAGGCUGGUACCCGUGACGGGAUGUAUCAGCAUUUUUUUGUGCAACAGCUUGUUCUUAAUCAGAGAGGAGAAGGCGAAAAAUAUUCUAAAAUCUUUGUCUGAAUGUACCUAUCUAUUUAAAUCUCAUGCGUGUCCCCUGGGAAACACUGACUAACACUUUGGUUCCUACUCUGUCACAACCAUCUCCUCCCUUACUUUUUCAUUCGUUGUCAUGCCAAACUAAACUGCAUUCCAAGUGUCCACUGUAUUCCAACCAUAACAUUUGAAUUAUCAUUCUAUUUCUAUGAUUCCAACAGUUUACCAAAGUGUUUUUGAUCUAUAAUCACAAGUAAAAUUGCAAUAUUUGGUACAGAUAUCACAAUUAGAUAUGUUACCUAUAUUGUGCAGCCCUACACAUACACUGAGUGUACAAAACAUUAUGAAUACCUGCUCUUUCCAUUACAUAGACUGACCAGGUGAAAGCUAUGAUCCUUUAUUGAUGUCACUUGUUAAAUCAAAUCAAAUCAAAUCAAAUUUUAUUGGUCACAUGCGCCGAAUACAACAGGUGCAGACAUUGCAGUGAAAUGCUUACUUACAGCCCUUAACCAACAGUGCAUUUAUUUUAAACAAAAAAAAGUAAGAUAAAAACAACAACAACAAAAAAGUGUUGAGAAAAAAAGAGCAGAAGUAAAAAAAAGUGACAGUAGGGAGGCUAUAUAUACAGUAAAAUAAAGUGACAGUAGGGAGGCUAUAUAUACAGGGGGGUACCGUUGCAGAGUCAAUGUGCGGGGGCACCGGCUAGUUGAGGUAGUUGAGGUAAUAUGUACAUGUGGGUAGAGUUAAAGUGACUAUGCAUAAAUACUUAACAGAGUAGCAGCAGCGUAAAAAGGAUGGGGUGGGGGGGCAGUGCAAAUAGUCCGGGUAGCCAUGAUUAGCUGUUCAGGAGUCUUAUGGCUUGGGGGUAGAAGCUGUUGAGAAGUCUUUUGGACCUAGACUUGGCACUCCGGUACCGCUUGCCGUGCGGUAGCAGAGAGAACAGUCUAUGACUAGGGUGGCUGGAGUCUUUGACAAUUUUGAGGGCCUUCCUCUGACACCGCCUGGUAUAGAGGUCCUGGAUGGCAGGGAGCUUUGCCCCAGUGAUGUACUGGGCCGUACGCACUACCCUCUGUAGUGCCUUGCGGUCAGAGGCCAAGCAGUUGCCAUACCAGGCGGUGAUGCAACCAGUCAGGAUGCUCUCGAUGGUGCAGCUGUAGAAUUUUUUGAGGAUCUGAGGACCCAUGCCAAAUCUUUUUAGUCUCCUGAGGGGGAAUAGGCUUUGUCGUGCCCUCUUCACGACUGUCUUGGUGUGUUUGGACCAUGAUAGUUCGUUGGUGAUGUGGACACCAAGGAACUUGAAGCUCUCAACCUGUUCCACUACAGCCCCGUCGAUGAGAAUGGGGGCGUGCUCAGUCCUCUUUUUUUUCCUGUAGUCCACAAUCAUCUCCUUUGUCUUGGUCACGUUGAGUGAGAGGUUGUUGUCCUGGCACCACACGGCCAGAUCUCUGACCUCCUCCCUAUAGGCUGUCUCAUCGUUGUCGGUGAUCAGGCCUACCACUGUUGUGUCGUCGGCAAACUUAAUGAUGGUGUUGCAGUCGUGCCUGGCCAUGCAGUCAUGGGUGAACAGAGAGUACAGGAGGGGACUGAGCACGCACCCCUGAGGGGCCCCCGUGUUGAGGAUCAGUGUGGCAGAUGUGUUGUUACCUACCCUUACCACCUGGGGGCGGCCCGUCAGGAAGUCCAGGAUCCAGUUGCAGAGGGAGGUGUUUAGUCCCAGGAUCCUUAGCUUAGUGAUCCACUUCAAUCAGUGUAGAUGAAGGGGAGGAUACAGGUAAACAAGGAUUUUUAUGCCUUGAAACAAUUGAGACAUGGAUUGUGUUUGUGUGCCAUUUAGAAGGUGAAUGGGCAAGACAAAAUAUUUAAAUGCCUUUGAACAGGGUAUGGUAGUAGGUGUCAAGUACUGCAACGCUGCUGGGUUUUUCACACUCAACCGUUCCCCAUGUGUAUCAAGAAUGGCCCACCACCCAAAGGACAUCCAGCCAACUUGACACAACUGUGGGAAUCAUUGGAGUCAAAAUGGGCCAGCAUCACUGUGGAACGCUUUCGACAUCUUGUAGAGUCCAUACCCCAAUGAAUUGAGGCUGUUCUUAAUGUGUUGUACACUCAGUGUAUAUAUAAUAUGCCAUUUAGCAGAUGCUUUUAUCCAAAGUGACUCACAGUCGUGUGCAUACAUUUUACGUAUGGGUGGUCCCGGGAAUUGAACCCACGACCCUGGCGUUACAAGGGCCAUGCUCUACCAACUGAGCUAGCAAGGACCCCUAUAUAUACACACACACACACACACACGCUUCACCGAAACACACGGGCAGACACACACACACAGACGCACACACAGACAAGCCAUCUGACAAAAAUACACUCAUACAUACACUUAGCUUCGCACACAGACUCAAGUGCACACUCAGACACACGUCAUCCAACACACACAUACAAGAAGGACACACACUUCAAUGUGAUCUUAGUGGGUGAUUAAAGAGGAUAUGUCCCUAGGAAUCUGAGAAGCAUACAGCAGAACUCAUAUGGCAAUAAGUUUACUUCUAUUCUAUUUCUAUAGAACGUUGGUUAUGUACAGUGCCCUCGGAAGGUAUUCAGACCCCUUGACCUUUUCCACAUUUUGUUACAUUACAGCCUUAUUCUAAAAUUGAUUAAAUCGUUUUUUUCCCCUCAUCAAUCUACACAUCAAUGAUCAAUCUCAUCAUUAUCCCCAUAAUGACAAAGCAAAAACAGUUUUUUAUACUUCAAAAAAAAAUUGAAAUAUAUCAUUUACUUAAGUAUUCAGACCCUUUACUCAGUACUUUGUUGAAGCACCUUUGGCAGCGAUUACAGCAUCGAGUCUUCUUGGGUAUGACGUUACAAGCUUGGCACACCUGUAUUUGGGGCGUUUCUUCCAUUCUUCUCUGCAGAUCCUCUCAAGCUCUGUCAGGUUGGAUGGGGAGCGUUGCUACACAGCUAUUUUCAGGUCUCUCCAGAGAUGUUCGACCAGGUUCAAGUCUGGGCUCUGGCUGGGCCACUCAAGGACAUUCAGAGACUUGUCCCGAAGCCAUUCCUGCGUUGUCUUGGCUGUAUGCUUAGGGUCGUUGUCCUGUUGAAAGGUGAACCUUCGCUCCAGUCUGAGGUCCUGAGCGCUCUGGAGCAGGUUUUCAUCAAGGAUCUCGCAGUUCUUUGCUCCGUUCAUCUUUGCCUCGAUCCUGACUAGUCUCUCAGUCCCUGCCGCUGAAAAACAUCCCCACAGCAUGAUGCUGCCACCACCAUGCUUCACUGUAGGGAUGGUGCCAGGUUUCCUCCAGAUGUGACACUUGGCAUUCAGGCCAAAGAGUUAAGUCUUGGUUUCAUCAGACCAGAGACUCUUGUUUCUCAUGGUCUGAGAGUCUUUAGGUGCCUUUUGGCAAACUCCAAGCGUGCUGUCAUGUGCCUUUUACUGAGGAGUGGCUUCCGUCUGGCCACUCUACCAUAAAGACCUGAUUGGUGGAGUGCUGCAGAGAUGGUUGUCCUUCUGGAAGGUUCUCCCAUCUCCACAGAGGAACUCUGGAGCUUUUUCAGAGUGACUAUCAGGUUCUUGGUCACCUCCCUGACCAAGGCCCUUCUCCCCCGAUUGCUCAGUUUGGCCGGGCGGCCAGCUCUAGGAAGAGUCUUCGACCUCAUGGCUUGGUUUUUGCUCUGACAUGCACUGUCAACUGUAGGACCUUAUAUAGACAGGUGUGUGCCUUUCCAAAUCAUGUCCAAUCAAUUGCAUUUACCACAGGUGGACUCCAAUCAAGUUGUAGAAACAUCUCAAGGAUGAUCAAUGGAAACAGGAUGCACCUGAGCUCAAUUUCGAGUUUCAUAGCAAAGGGUCUGAAUACUUAUGUAAAUAAGGUAUUUCUGUUUUUAAUUUUUUUAAACAUUUGCAAACAUUUCUAAAAACCUGUUUUCACUUUGUCAUUAUGGGGUAUUGUGUGUAGAUUGCUGAAGAAAAAAAUAUUUAAUCCAUUAAAAAAAGACAUAGUCACUGGGAAAGUUGAUAUAUGACAGAACAGAUAAUUCAUCUGUAGGCUACAUGCAUAGCACUUUGUUUGCGUAGCACUUUGUAGCACUUUGUACAUAGCUCUUUGCGUCAAUUUGUUCCUAUGUUCUUACCCAAACUGGGUGCAGCACUGUAAAACUGUAAUAUCCCUCAAAACACAGUGAUAACGAUUCCCACCGGAUAAAUAUUAUCAGAGGACCUGGGAGUUUGUCGAAAAACUGUAGGUUUUUGGGGCUGGAAUAAUAACCUUCCCGCUUAAAUGACAGAUAUGGCAGAUUCAGACAGGAUUUAACUUACUACCUGUAAUAGUAGUACAUCAAUGUAAUAGCGCAAACAGUCAGAGAGAUUUGAGGCCUGAAGCUCUUCGUCUGGUUUGGCUUCGUCUCCGUCUCUCGACUUCUGUGAAUGGGUGAUAGCAUCUUCCCUUUUAUCUUGUUUUUAAUUCCCCGGGGUUGCAGCUCGGUGACCUCUGGGUAACGCCAGGCCUUCAUCAGAACCCUCCAAACAGGUGUGGUGUGUCAGACACUGUCAGAGCAUUGUGCAUGUAGCGCAAAUCCCUCUGCGCCGGGCAGAUGUGUCUGCAUGAUGGACACCGGUGACCUGCCUCACCCCUCUUGAAGUCCUAUCUCUCUCUCCACUCGCUGCUGUCACCACCUGUCUCCCCGGGAAUUCCUGCUCUCACUGCAUCUAUAAACUGUGCGUUUGAUCGAUAACUGUUAGACUGACACGCUUGGCCUAUUAGGGCGCUCGUUACUGUGUUGCUCUGUGUUGCAGGUGUAGCCUAUUCCUUUAUCAGCAAUACAAUCUCUAACCACCAUGGCAUCUUGAUACCAUAAAUGCCUGUUGUGACAAAACACCUGCUUCAAAGGGAAUGUGAGUUUCUUUUCAUUGAUGGAGAGGGACAGAUGGAGAGUGGGAGAGUUCCGUAUCACUAGGGAAAUCAGCCUAUCAGCCUUUAACCUUUAAUCUAGAUGUGAUUUACUGAGUUCACAUCACAGUGCUGUAUCGCUGUUCUUUGAACCUCCUCUCUCUCUGAUUUAGGAUGGCCCAUGUUCUCCAGUUUGAUGAGCAAACCAGGAAAGUUAAGGAUGCCAACAUGCAGGACGAAGACACGUUUGAGAUCUACGAUCCACGCAACCCUGUCAACAAACAGCGGAGAGAGGAGAGCAAGAAGAUCAUGAAGGAGAAGAAGGCCAAGAGGUGAGGGGUCAGGGGUUAGGCAUGGAGAUUAACCCCAGCCAUGUGACCGACCAGGCCUCUCUUCCUCUAACCUACCACUUCGAAACAACUGUCUCUCCUGCCUGCCUGAGUGAACUU